AUGAUGUCUGAUCCGGAGCCCUCAGUGGCCGUGGCUUCGUCCUCGCCAUCUCUUCCGGCCACCGAAUGCAAUGCCUUGAACUACGCCUUCCUCGUUCACUCCCAAAAAACCCUCACACAAAACCUCCCUCCACGCGUCGACAACAAGCUGCUAGCUCGCCAAAAACGACGCCGAACGAGCCCCGAGGACCACGCAAUUCUAGAGACCGAAUACCUGAAGGACCCAAAACCGGAUAAAGUCGCUCGUGCGAAUAUUGUGAAUCGCGUCUCGCUCGGCGAGAAAGAGGUCCAAAUCUGGUUUCAAAAUCGCCGCCAGAACGACCGACGGAAAUCUCGACCUCUUCAGCCGCACGAACUGCUCGCUCCUCGAUCGAGUAUGUCUGAUUCGUUGGGACAUCCUUCUAGUGAUGAUAACGCGUCUGCGGAACAUGGGUCGUCAAGUGGGGCAGAGCAAGUUGACACUCCAGACCGAUCGGAGGGAACAAGGCCAAAAUCGUGGGGUGGCAAUCUGUUACAGUUGUCUGAUGACUUGGAGCCGUUGACAAGUGAGAGGGAGGAACCUGAGCUGCCACCUCACAGCACACAAACUAGUGUGGCGACGAUGGAUUCUUUGGAUGAUACCCCGCCGACAACACAGGAGGAAUUCCCCGGGGCGGACUCACAAAACAACCUGAAUGAAAACACAACACUGGACGACUCACAGAUACCCAAGCGGAAGCGCUCGAUUUCUGAGAUUCAAGAUGUAGGGGCACCACAAGAAGAGCCACGCACAGAUAAAAUCAUGUCAACACCGACAAAGUCACCACCAUCACUACGGCUGUCGAUGUCGUUUGAUGGGGAGGCGAUGGUGAGAAAGGAAGAUGAGAUGACACCGUCGCCGCCAAAGGGUCAGAAUGCCCUACGGAUUGCCAUGUCGUCCGAUGGCAAGGCUGUCAUCCGCGCCGAGAACGAACCGUCCCCGUCCAAGAACAGAGUAGCCAUGUUCUCAGCACGCCGCACAAAACUCACAGGCAUGCGUCGCAGCAGCAGUGCCAUCUUCCCAUCCACGCCACGCGCCGGCAUGGCCGAGAAUGAUCGCGUCUUCGGCCGAUCGCGCGAUCCCCGCAACUGGGAAUCAUUCUUCGACACAGACGCACGAAGCGCCCUAUCCACCCCCGCCAGCUCCCAGACUGCUCCAAACCUCCACUCAUCCCCCAGUCUCUUCCAGUCUCGCGGUCCCCGUUCCCUCACCCGCAGCGCAUCAACAAGGCAUAGUCUCCUCUCCGCCCACGCCGACCUCGCCCGUACGCCGAUCUCACAGGCCAUGGGAGAAAAGCGGCGAAAGCUCUCUCGUACCGUCUCAUCCAUGGGCAGGUUAGAGACCGAUCGCAACCGCGUGAAUUCUCAAUCUAAGCUCUCCAAGCUGACGCCUUCGGCCUCAAAGUCUGGCAAGCUGGACUUCGAGCUGGAUGCCGGUGACUCGGACAAAGAAAACUGGGUCCCGGGCACUCGAGCGUCUCAGAAUCGUCGUCGUACAACCUCUCAUGCAUCCCGUCCUGCUCUGCGGGAUGCAAACCGGAACCGCGGGUUAGGGCUGACAAAUGGGAAACGGAACCGGCCAUUUGCAGCUGGUGCGCAAGGCAAGGCUCCGCCAGAACUGAGCGCUGAAGUAACUGCUUUCAUGUCCGGUGGUGGAGGGGACAGUCAAGAGGAUGAUCUUGACUGUGUUCAGGGGCUUCUUUCCCUCAGUCAAGGGGCAUGGCGAUAG